CCGAGUAAGCAGGAGGGCGACCGACCGAUUAAGCUUUCCAGUUUGUGUUCCGACCUAACAGCAGCUGGUGCGUUUUGUGCUGCCGGGUCGCAGUCGCCGCUCGUUUCACUGCAAUCGUUUGAUCACAUAUUAUGACAUCGUCAAUAUCAUGACGUUAAUCGUUAACUGCUUCAAAUAAAGAACGAAUUUUAUGCUAGGCUGUGUUUAUUGUGUUGUGCAUAAAGACAAAGUGCGUAUACAAUUUUAAUACACCGAAGACGCUGGUAAACUAACUGUUAAGUUUAAAAAGACAAGGCAUUAAUUCAAGAUGGCCGUCUUCGGUAUGGCAUCCGCGGUGGCGGGCUUCAUCAAAGUCCGCUACCUUAUCGACAAGGCUGUGAUUGACAACAUGGUAUUUAGAAUGCAUUAUCGCAUCACAUCAGCCAUGUUGUUCCUGUGCUGCAUACUCGUCACAGCCAAUAACCUAAUAGGUGAUCCAAUUAGCUGCAUCAAUGACAGCGCUAUACCUGGCCACGUUCUCAACACAUACUGCUGGGUGACGUAUACCUUCACGCUACCCGACUCCGAUUCAAGAAAAGUAGCCCACCCAGGUCUGGGCAACGACUUCGAACAGGACAAGCGCAUACACUCCUAUUACCAAUGGGUCCCGUUCAUGUUAUUCUUUCAGGGUGUUUUGUUUUACACUCCCCAUUGGAUCUGGAAGAACUGGGAGGAAGGCAAGGUCCGUAUGAUCUCAGAUGGUAUGCGAGGAACAGUAGCCAACAUUGCCGAUGACAAAAACACCCGCCAGAACCGUCUGGUGCAGUAUUUAAUGGAUACCCUGCACAUGCACAACGCUUACUCUUUUGGAUAUUUCUUUUGUGAAAUAUUGAACUUCGUCAAUGUGGUCGGCAAUAUAUUUUUCGUGGACACAUUCCUUGGCGGAGCAUUCUUGACUUACGGUACUGAUGUCGUCAAGUUUUCUAACAAGAACCAGGAAGAUCGCACUGACCCUAUGAUCGAAAUAUUCCCCAGAGUAACUAAAUGCACAUUCCACAAAUAUGGUGCUUCCGGAACAAUUCAGAAACACGACGCCCUCUGCGUUCUAGCAUUGAACAUCCUCAACGAGAAAAUAUUCAUCUUCCUGUGGUUCUGGUUCAUAAUUUUAUCGGUGGUGUCCGGUUUAGUUCUUCUAUAUUCGGCAGCCAUGAUAUUCAUGCCGAGGACUCGUGAGACAAUUCUGAAGCGACGAUUCCGUUUUGGCACACCAAAGGGCGUGGAAGCUCUUGUUAGAAAGACCCAGAUUGGAGACUUCUUACUCCUACACCUACUCGGCCAGAAUAUGUCUCUACGAGUAUUCGGGGAGGUCUUAGAUGAAUUGUCGAGACGGCUCCACCUCGGCUCGAAUGCACCAUCAGCACCAUCCACCCUUGAAAUGGCGCCGAUAUAUCCGGACAUCGGUAAAUUCUCCAAGGAAACCGAAACGUAAGCGCAGUAUGAAGUCUGGGAGUGCAGGUGGGCACAGUAGCUAUGUCUGUUAAUGAAUGUAUUUUUAUAACAAGUGAUAUUAUGUCAUGUGUUGACAAAACGUGGCUAUAAAUAUGAUAUGCCGAAUAAACGAACUGGUUGACAAGUUUUGAUUACGAAAGAAAGGAAUAGGUUAAGGAUGUGCCCAUACCUUGGUAGGGACUACAACAUAUAGACACAGCAAAUAUUUGAUCUAUUAAUUAAAGAGAAGUAAUUUGAAAUGUAUUCUACGACACAAUGAAAUCUCAAAA